GUUUUAAAAAUGCCGCCGUCGUCCAAAUUUGUAGCGUCCCGGAAGGGUUCCAACUCGGCUUCGAGAGGAAGACAGCCACAUGGGAGCGGGAGGCCAUCGAAUGGACUACGAGAAUAUGCACAUGAGAGCGAGGACGAAGACAUGAGCCGGGUGUUGCGUCGAAUGCAAGCCUUCGACAAUGUAGAGGAAAGCGACAACGAGGACGACGUAUUCGAGGAAGGAGAGGAUGCAACGUCUGUGGAUAUAGACGACCCUGUUGAGCAGGACGAAGGCUCAAGCUCUGCCGGAGACGACGUGGAUGAAGAUGAAGGGGAUGGAUCAUCUUAUGACGAGGCAGAGAAUACAUCAGAUGAAGAUGAAAGUGAUGGUAGGGAAGAGGACAAUGAAAGCGAUGCAGAAGAGCAGCUGAUGCGAAUAAAGCGUGAACUUGCCGACGUCCCCUUUGACCAGCUGAUCGAAAUACAGCAGAAAGUUGGCUUGAAAAGAUUUCAUGCCAAUUACCGUGCUAAUCGGAGAUCCACUACGGAAGAUACCUCAGAUGAAGAUGGUGAACCAGCGGAUACAACGUCCCACGGUAAUUCGGCAAAGACAACGAAGGGUGCAUUGAAGGCAAGCAAACAUGACGGGAAGGGGAAGAAGCCACCAAAGCGAUUAAACAAGAAUGCCCCGGUAGAGGUUACAUCGAAGCGAGCAGUAACCAGAAGACGUGAAGUUGUGGAGCUACCAAAGAAGAAAUCGCGAGAUCCUAGGUUUGAUCCACUUGCGGGCAAGUUAAACGACGGGCUGUUUCAGCAAUCAUACGGAUUUAUCCGCGAUUACGAACAGCACGAGGUAGAGAUGCUCAAAAAGCGUAUAGUGACUGAGAAAGACCCAGAGGUGAAAGAGCAGCUACACAAGACACUCACCAGCAUGCAAUCACGUUUGCAAACGCAAAAGCAAAAGGAUAAGCGAAAGGAGAUUCUUCGAAAUUGGAGAAAAACAGAAGAAGAUCUCGUAAAGCUGGGAAAGAAACCGUGGCAACUAAAGAAGUCCGACAUCAAGAAGCUGGAAUUGGUAGAGAAAUACCAAUCGAUGAAAGGAAAGGAUGUGGACAAACUGUUAGAAAAGCGACGGAAAAAGAAUGCUGCCAAGGAGCGACGGUUCUUGCCAUAUAAACGGCGUUCAGCUGAUUGAUACAUUCUACAAUACGUGUUCAAAGACUGUAUAUAUAUUACAUAAAUCAAAAUGGCAAAAAACUAUAUACGAAAUGCGGA